AUGCCACGGUGCAGCCCCUGUGAGCUGGCAAACGUCGACUGUGUCGUGACUGGCCCUUCUGGCUCUGGGAACUACAAUAGACAAUACGUUGCAUCGCUCCAAGCCAAGGUGUGUGCGUUAGAACAGCGCGAGAACGAGCUCAAAGCUCUGGUGAGAAGAGAGAAGUUGCGCUUGGGGAGAACCUCCUCAGACAGUGUCGCAGAAGUAGAAGCCUCGGCCGUUACCAGGAAAGUCAAGGACAGCCCAUUGUCAGCUACAUUAAAUGUGGCCAUUAGCGAACAUGGAAUGCAUGGAAUGGGUUUCAUUGGCCUGAUAUUCGCUAAGAUCAAGAGCGAAGUGCUGAACUCGAGGGCAUUGUCGAAUUGGCAAAAGCAUUCCGACCAGCCAUCCCCCAGCAACAGCACGUCGUCUACACUUCUCGUGCCUCCGGAUAUCAUUCAAUGCGUAUUUGAAACGUAUAUCAGAAGAGCCCAUUCUCGUUAUCCGUUCAUGGAGCUGGCGACAAUCAUAUCACUCCGAGAGAAGACACUAACAGCCGCUCGCUCCGCCGGGCUCAUCCGCCUCACCACCGAGGAGUCAUUCCGGGCCUACUCUAUCAUGGCGACUGGUGCCGUGUAUCGAAACCAAGAGUCGUUCGUUCGUGGAACGACGGAAGACAUCGACAACAUGGUCAGCCCUGUCGAGUUAUUCUCUGUCGCCAUGCGCAGCGCCAGACAGGUCAACAUGCUGUACGGCAUUCAGGGGGUCCAGAAUCUUCUCCUCGUCGCACGCUUUUGCCUUUUCCAAGACGUGGGGAUGAGCCUGUGGGACCUUGCCUCGCUCAAUAUGCGCACGUGCAUAGAGUGCGGCUUUCAUCGUCAACUAACCGCCCCUCUUCCUGCUAUCGAGGAACAGAUGCGCCGACGCGUCUUCUGGCAAUGCUAUGGGCUUGAGCGAUAUGCCAGCACAACCCUCGGCCGACCAUUCACUAUUCCAGACGAGGCCAUCACUGUCAAGCUUCCUGCCAAUGUAGAUGACAGUGUGUUACAGGAAGCGGCCACUCUGCUCCCAAACACAUCCCUGGACGAGCUAACCGAGGCACAAGCACCUCCCAAAGGCCUUACUGAUACAUCAGUAGCUAUCUCCCAUAUACAGCUUCGUCAGAUAACAUCUCGCAUGUCCCGAGAUUAUAGAAUUCUAAGAAAUCAGCUGCUUACCCCACAAGACUCGCCGGGAUUGUCACGAAACCCAGUUGAUGACCUGGACAGGUUCACCUUGAACGGCAAGGUUUGGAACAUUUACUACCAAUACUCACAAGAGUUGCACAAUUGGCGAUUAUACAGCGGAAUGCAUACACACAAGGAUAUCGCGCCUGAUUCAAAUGGGCAGCUCUUUCUGCAUGAUAGCAGAUGGAUCGAUCUUCACUUUCACCAGGAAAAGCUUUUCCUCAUCCGCCUUUCCAUUGAGCCUAGCUCGGCGACCGAUUCCCACUUCAUCAACCCAGGAGAUUUACUCGAAGAGCUAUAUGAUGCCUCAAGUAAUGUGAUCGUAUUGUACUCGGAUAUUGCGGACGAUGCGAAAAUCGAGCCCACGGCCGGGAGGCUCUACCGAGUCCUGACGGCCGGUCUCUCGAUAUUGUAUACCAUCGUGAUCGAGUAUCAGAUGGGACAGACCAAGGACAAGCAACACAAUGGCCCUUCCAGACCGCCGCCAUCUCGGCAGAGUAUAUCAGAGAAAAAGUCAUUGCUGAGGAAAUGCACAGAUACACUUGAUCGCAUGGCCAAACAAAUGACUAACCAACAUCUCACGCCUAGAUAUGUGGGCUACUUUGAGCUACUUUGCAGGGAAACCCUACGGAUGCUUCCAAAGUCGACGGUGCAAGAAUCCACAGCUUCAGAUUCUUCCGGCCAACAAGCUAUCCAACAUAGUGUCCCUCAAACGCACGCCGGUGCUGCCUCUGCUAGUGCUAUAUCUACCGCGUUUGCACCACUGCAGGAUGUAUCUCCAGACUACUUUGGUUCCAGCUUGAUCACUGCACCGCUGACAUGCCACUUGCCUGUUGAGCAUAGGCAACCUUGUUACUGUGCCGUUAUCGGGAACAACUUGGAUGACACUUCAGGGGCCGCGUCGUGGCCAGAUUUCUCAGCCUCAGGCCUAGGGGUGAAUGGUGUCUCAGAGACGUACGACCCCGCUGCAAUGUUUGGUUCUGAAUGGGGUGAAGCUACGGAGAUUUGGGAAGCACUUUUUGGCAAUGGACAGUUAUGGGCAAUGAAAAGCUCCUCCUUUUAUUAA